AAAUGAAUGUUUAUUUCUCGAAUUGCUUUGAUCCAGGUUUGAACAAAUUUCAUAAUUAACAAGAUUUUAUUCAUAUUAUUCACAUCAGUAAUUGUUGGUCAAAAGCAAAAUGGCAAAACCAGUGUUAUACUAUAUGCCAGUUAGUUCACCAUGUCGUACAGUUAUUGCCAUUGCUCGAAUGCUCGAUAUAGAUAUGGAAAUGAAAGUGAUGAAUUUGUUCGAGAAAGAACAUUUAUCACCAGAAUUUGUUCAAAUCAAUCCAUUCCAUAGGAUUCCAACAUUUGUCGAUGUUGAUGGUUUUGUUAUGGAUGAAUCACGAGCUAUCUGUAUGUAUUUGAUACAAAGCCGCCAACCGGAUUCCUCGUUAUAUCCACGCGAUGAUCUUAAAAUUCGCUCACAAAUUGAUCGUUGGAUUCAAUUUGAUAUUGGCUUUUAUCCAACCAUUUCAAUGCCAGUUUAUUCGGCACUGUUUGAUCGACCGCUAGAUCAAUCACAAUUGGAUCGAGCGAAAGAAACACUGAAAAUUUUGAAUGAUGUAAUGGCUGGAUUUUAUGGCCGAUUUAUUACCGGUUCCGAACAGAUUACUUUGGCUGAUGUAACCAUGUAUUUUACUUUUAACAUGAUGGAAAUCGCAUCUGAUUAUUAUGAUUUUGAUGAUUAUCCUCAUCUUAAAACAUGGUAUCAAAGAGUAAUGGAAUCAUUAAAACCAUAUGAUUCGGAUGGUAUGUUUGUCGAAGCAAUCGAAACUAUGAAACAAUAUGUACGACAAAAGAAAGCAACUGGUACCAGCAAUUGAUUGAUAUGUUAAGACAAAAUUUCAAGCAAGUUUUAGCAAUUUAAUCGUCACAAAAAAGAAUGAAAUUCAUUUUUAAAA